AUGGUUUAUUGGUUUAAGUGCUAUGACCUUACUAUUUCUAAGCAAAAAAAGAACAGAGUGGAAAAGAGAGGAAAAAUUACAGUAAAACCAAAAGAAAAUUGCAAGGAGAAGAACGAAGAAACGACACAACUACGUUUCAGCACCGCUUCGACAACCCGACUACGACUCCCCAUCAGACCCACUAAUCUCCUUCGUCGUCAAAGAAACCACCUCGUCGGAAAUCCAGAUUACCGGCCGAUUCCCCGGCGAAGCCACUGCCCGCUUCCGAUCUGCGCUCAUCUGCCGUCACGCUCCGACGGACAGUUACACGCGAACUCAGCCCUCACCAUCAUGAGUCGACCACAUUUUUCUGAGCUAUUUGGCACUGUUCACCGUUGA